CCACAUAAUUCGUCAGGAAAUCGAUCUCGUCCUCGGCGCUCUCGCCCCGCGACGCGGGCGCCCUAGUGCUCCUCCUCCCUGCCUCCCUCGGACGAUGAGGCCCUCCUCAUCGCCGACGAGGUGAGCGCGAGAUCCCUCCUCCCCCCGCUCGCUUCAGCGGCCUCAUGGUCGUCCCCUGCCGCCGCCGCCGCCCUCUCUGUCAAGCUCGCAUUUUUCGAUCACUGUUGUUGCGCCGUCGCGCAGCGCCGCGCCCAGGCCGGUGCCCGUCGGGUGCUAGGAGUCCUCAACCGCGCAGCCGAUUCAGCUCCUCCCCGAUUCGAUAUGGAGUGCAACAGAGAUGACGCAGCGCGAUCAAAGGAUAUUGCUGAAAGGAAGUUCAGGGAGAAUGAUCUUGCAGGUGCAAAGAAGUUUGCCCUGAAAGCAAGGGCCCUCUUUAAGCCUCUUGAGGGCAUUGAUCAGAUGAUUGUAGCCUUGGAUGUCCACAUAAGGGCACAGAAAAAGAUUGGAGGGGAAAAUGACUGGUAUGACCUCUUAGAAGUAUCACCCUUGGCUGAUGAGGAGGAAAUCAAGAAGCGAUACAAGAAGCUGGCCUUCCAAACUCAUCCUGACAAGAACAGGUCUAUUUGUGCUGAAGCCGCAUUUAACCUCAUCUCAGAUGCUUGGAGUGUGUUGUCAGAUACUGCCAAGAGGAUGGUGUAUGACCGGAAGAGGUGUAUGUGCGGCCUACAGAAUAAUAACAAAGCAAGUGCCCGUAACACUUCCAAUUCCUCCACAUCAAGUGUGAAUGGUUUCUGCGACAAACCUAGAAAGAUGGCGCCCCACCAAGUGCCAGACACAUUCUGGACAAACUGUGGUUCAUGUUUAAAUACCUUUCAGUACUCCAGGGAAUAUGUCAACCAGCUUCUGAGGUGUACUACUUGUUAUGAUGUGUUUCUUGCUGUUGAAGUUCCACAUCCAACUUCAAGUACUAAGAUGUACCCUACUGGGCCAACACCAAUGGCUACUAAUAACAACAUUGGUGGCAAUACAGUUCCUGGCAUGGCAACACCAGUACAGGAAGGAGUUUCAUGUGGCAACCAGAAUGGCUAUCCAGCAGUGCUCAAAUCUACAACAUGCGCAAAUAGUACUCGAUAUACUGUCCAAGAGGAUGCAGGUGAGGCUAAUACAGCUGUAAAUGAAGAAGCGGAUUCCAGAAAGAUUAUGCAGGAUGUAAGGAAACAUGCACAUGCAGUCUCUUCUGUCAAACGAGCAAAUGCAAAAACAAGGGAACAUGAAGCAGCUAAGAGAAAGCGUGUCAAUAGUGGCAAGAAAGCAACCUGGCAGUCAGCAAGCUCUUGCCCUGAUGGCGAUGGAUGCAAACCGAUGCGCCCAGCAAAAAGAAGGCCUCGAUCUACAGCUGAAACAUCAGGUGCCAAGAAACGCAAAGUGUCUUCUGUUGAUCUUAACUGUGAAUCCUCUGGUGAUGCUGGAGGGACCAGCUUUGGCAGAGUACUCAUGCAGUUAGAUGUCCGUAGCAUCCUAAUUGAAAGUGGGAAAUUACAUAUUCAGAAGAAAUUGCAGGAGUUCAACAACAAGAAGGCCAAUGUGAAAAGUAAAGAAAAGAUGCAGAAUAGCAAGAAAAGCAGCACAAAAAGUGUCUGCAACACAGCAAUUGGAGUCAAUAAAAUUGAGAUGAAACCAAGCAUCAAUUCAGUUGAUCCUAAAGACGAUGAUGUCAUGAAGUUGGUUAGCAAAAGAGUUGAUUCAGAAGAAAAGCAGAGGGAGAAGUGCAGUAAACAUGUUGGUUUAGAAGAAAAAUUGAAGACAUGGCAGUGGAGGUCACGUGAAGUGCGUAUAGUAUAUACAAGGAGAAACCGCAAGGCACACAAGAAAGGACUAGGAGAUGGUGCAACUGGUUCUAAUCCAGCAACAGAGCACCAUGUGGUUGACAAAUAUGGCUGUUUGGACCAGGAAUCAACUCCUGAUAAAGGCUCUGGUGAAAUGUCUGUUCCUGAUGCAGAUUUCUUCAAUUUCGGUGAUUAUUCUGAAAGUUCUUUUCAAAGUGAUCAAGUAUGGGCCAUGUAUGAUGAAGAAGAUGGUAUGCCUCGCUACUACGCCUUGAUUAGAAAAGUUCUCUCUGCUCGUCCUUUUAAAGCUAGGCUGGCCUACCUCAAAGCAAAUGACUGCAAUGAAUUUGGAUCUUCCAAUUGGAUCUCAUAUGGAUACUCCAAGACUUGUGGUGAGUUCAAGGUUGGUGCAUCCAAAGGUAUUGACCAAGUUAAUAUGUUCUCACAUAAGGUCAAGUGUGAGAAAGGUCCAGGUGGCAUCAUAAGAAUUUUCCCCCAAAAAGGUGAUAUCUGGGCUCUUUAUCAGAACUGGUCCCCUGACUGGAAUGAAUUUACACCUGAUGAUACAAUGUACAAGUAUGAACUGGUAAAGGUCAUUGAUAGCUACAACCCAGACGAAGGAAUUUCUGUAAUUCCUAUUAUGAAAGUUCCUGGGUUUGUGUCAGUGUUUAAGCCCUUUUAUGACUCAACAAAAGGCCGGAGGAUUCCAAAGGAGGAGAUGCUACGAUUUUCACAUCAAGUGCCAUUCCAUGUUCUUACCGGAGAAGAAGCGCCUAAUGCUCCCAAGGGAUGCUAUGAACUGGAUCCAGGCUCAACUCCACAGGAACUUCUUCAAGUGGUUCCGCCGUCUGGCCAUGCUAAAUAACUUUGCACUUGAAGCUGGUGCUUGGUCUGUAUUUUGGUUUUGUGUUAGAAACUGUUCUUCUUUAAACCUGUCAUCAGUUAGGUCAUGCUUGUGUCUGUUGAACUGUACAUUAUAUACCCCAGUUUGUGCUGAUGUAGCAGCUUCCUGUCAAGAGUUUGCAGACCCAAAAUGUUCUCGUUCUCGAUGCUUUUGCAUCAGAGCUGAAGAAAUACAUGACAAAUAUGCCUUCUGCACA